CAGCGAUGGUCUACACACCUACAAUGAGGUUUAAUCUUUAAACUCCCGAUUCUAUUUUACUGAGCAAUAUAACCGCCUCCUGCGAUCCGCGGUACGAUUACUACUACGGCAAUUUUGAUAUAUUGUGGGUAGCACAUGACCAGAUAGCAGCCUGUUUCUAACGGGAGGAUUCUAGGUUCAACUGCGACGGAAGAUCAAGUAGUGCCGAAUACAUCUGGAGGGUUAAGAUGUGACGUAAAAGGAUUUGCAUCGAAAACUGGUUAUUUUACCGUGACAGCACCCAUCGAGCACACACGUGUCAUUUAAAGGCCCACUCGAGAGAUUGCUGGGAGGUUUAAGUGAUAUCCCCUGCCUCGACAACAUGCUAUAUCCAUGACCUUUUCGUGAGGGAGAAUACUCCGUGCUGGUUUUUUCGUGUUUUAAGGGAUAUAUACAUCACACCUGUUUAGAGUUUUGACGACGAUAUUGGAACUAAGGACGAGAUCUCGUGUUAACCUUUUUAUUUUGAAUAUGAAGUUUUACCGUGUGAUAUGGUGAAAGUUGUACGUAAACAGGCAGAUGGGACCCAUGUGACAGAACUGCAAACUUAUGUAAUAGUUUUGAUAUUCUGAAAAUCGGAUUGCAAAGAGAGUAUGAGGUAUGAGCUUUGCUAGCUACUGCAUGUUUUUGCAAUAAUUUCAGCUGUUUGUGGCUACAGGUACUUCAAUUUGUAAAAAAAUUUUUUUAAUUGAUUGAGUAGAUUUGAGUACAUUAACAUGCCAGAAAGAGACUUCUUGACAAGAUCAUGGACCGUUUUGUCCACACGGAGAAAGCCAAGAAAGAUACGGAUUCCAGAAGUCAACACCUACUCCACACAGAUUCGGGAAUGCAACAGUCUACACUCCCGACUAGGGCUACCAUUGAGAGCAGACGUGGAAACAAGGUCAUCACACUUUCCGGAUAUCUCCACGUUUCCUAGUUUGACGUCAUCUCCCCAUUACUCUAGGUCAGCCCCGCCAAUAGCUGUCCGUGGGUUUGCAGGGAGUCCCGGUGGUCAUCCUGCGCAGCUUGCGUGGCAACAUGAUACAUCGAGCCCAGAGGUGAAAAUGGACACUGGUCAUGUUACUCUUCACAGUCAAUCGUCGGUUUUCACUUCAAACACAGACGCACACUUCGACGAAGAUCAGGAACAGAAGCGGAAACGCCAGAUGACCCCGACACAACUAACAGAACAUUUACGUCUCCAUGGUUACGGUGAGCCCCGGGUGUUGACAACGACCAGUUUAAGUCAUCAAAAGUUUAAUGGCAAGUCGAGAAGUCUUCCAAAAAAUCCAUCAAAACGAGAAAUAAUCAAAGGAAGAGCAAGACUUGAUUAUGAAAUGGCAAAUAUGAGAGCUCUUGCUUUCUGCGAACAACAAACUUCAAAAGUGUUUCGAAGCGCAUCAGCGAAUAUGCGCAACAGGGACGUCCAAUUUGUUGAGGAUGAAAUGCGAGAAAAGAUGCACAAAGAAGACGUGGAUACACAUGAUCAGACAGAAGGUGUAGUCGUAAUGGCGAUUGACAGGGAGGAGCUCUUUAAACGGGUUAACACUUGGAUAGAAGAAGUGGAAUGUGCCUUGAACGACGUCACGUGAUAAUCGAGUAAAUUUGAACAGGGGAGUGAACCUAUUAUUGAUGCUGGAAGUGCAGAUAAUCCGUGACAGGUUGUUCGUAAAACCCUAUUUUAGAAUGUAAUUUUCCAUGUUAACGUCUACUAUGAACUGUGUUUGUGGCAUAGUGUUCGCUAAAUCCAAUACUGAGAACAAUAUCCUGUCAACGGAAUUCAGUUGAACGCUUUUCUUAGAUCUUAAUAUAUUGUCUUGUAAACAAAUUAACAUAAAAGCUGAUACAAGCAAAAAUCUACUUUAUUGUUGCUUGAACUUUUUCUGUUGAUGGUAAGGCACAAUGUAGAAGGACUCAUAAUUCCUCCAUUUAACCAAAAUAUUUUAGGAAUCUCUUAACUUCUAGAAAUACUCUCGCAACAAUUUUUUAAAUGAUGUUUUUCAAGUGCUGUCGUGUUGGUACCAUAGCAAACUAGAAAUUAGUAGCGACGCCUGGUCCAAAUAUAUUUAGGUUUGGUUUGGUUUGCUAUUGCCUUAUGUCCUAUUAACAACUACGGUUAUUAAAGGACGUGUCAGGUGUUUGUGGUAGAGGAAAACCGGAAUGAUCAUAGAUGGUCAGACACAUUAACCAACCCUCCC